GUCGGUUUCCCUCUUCUGUUUCCCUGUCCGGUUUCUCCGGGAAGCACCGGCUCGUGCGGGCUUUCUCCCACCGCGUGUGUUUCUUUGCUGUUCCGGAAAUUUAUUUUUCCUUUGCCUCCCCUUCACGUUUUGUCUCCUUUUUUCAUUUCCGAUGGGUGGCCUUUUUUAAAGGCUCGCCACGUGUGUGCGAGGCGUGGCUCGCCAUUCCGCUUGUUCUGAUGCUCACACACGGGAGCUGGCGCUUGACGGCUACAGUGCCGUGUUCAGAGUUACCCGUGGCUGGUGGCAAGUGCCAUGAUCGCUUCUUACCAACCAGAGCUGACACGAAGGGCAGGGAUUUUAAUGAGCGCUGUGCCCAGUGUUCAGAAGUGAACUGGGGUCUCACUGAUGGAGGCAGAUAUUAUUGUAGAUCUUGCCACAACGUUACUGAGAGAACUAGAGAAGUUGUAAACACUGAUUUUAUUACUAAUUCAAGAGUCCAAACAAUCUCCAAAGGUUUAAAAAAGCAGGAAAAAAAUGAUGGAGGCAGUGAAUGGUAUAUUUGUGAAGGCUUUCAGCUUGUACUCAAGAAACAAGUGGAAGCUUUAGAAGCAUUAGGAGUAUGUCCACAAAUGAAGGAUGAAAUUCUGUUCAAUUUUUGGAGGUGUUACCUUCAGAAGAGCAAACAGGCAUAUUGCAAGAGACCAGCUGGGGAAGCUGUCAAAGCAUUAUCAGUGUGUGAGAGCAGUACUGAUGUGGACAGUGAUCCAGAGAGACCCAGCCUUCUGCGCUUGCUGUCUCUCUCUGAAAGUGAAGGGGAUCUGCAGACUGACUGCAGCUUUGUCUCAUCAGUCAGCAAGGCCUCAGAAAGCACCUCUGUGUACUCUGGAUCAGUAGAUGGCAGUUUGUAUUUAAUGAAGAACCAAAAGGAGAGACUGAGGAUGACAAUGCCAAUGACCCUUUCGUUUUGUUACAUGGCAUUACUCUGGGUGAGAGAACCAAUUACAUUGUCUGAGCUCUUAAGGUUUGUUGUUGAAGGGCAUAUUCCAUAUCUGAAUGUUUUUCAGCAUUUUCCGGAGAAGAUGAAGUUAUGUGGACUUGAUCUUAAGAUCUUUUGUGUAGAGUCGUGGCCUGUAUAUGAAGAAGUAUUCAACAAAAUGCAUGAGCUUGCAGCAUUUUUAGACCUGCCUCGUUUUCCAGAUAUAACAGAAAGCUGCUUUCUUCAUCCAGACAUGCUGUGCAUGAAGUACUUGAUGGAAGCUAAUUUACCUGAUGAAUUGCAUAAUUGGACUUGUCGAGUGGUGAAAAAGAUUGGUAUUGGAGAAGUGGAUUUCCUGACUCUUAUGCCUGGAAAUAAGUCAACAAGAAAAGUGAAAUAUGAUGUUCUUGCAGCAGCAGUUAUUGUAGUUGUGCUGAAAUUACUGUUUUUAUUAGAUGAUCACUAUGAAUGGUUACUUUCAGAGCUUGCUGAAGAAAGAAAUAAAAACAACACAGAAGGUGCCCCGUAUUUUGAGUUCAAAAAGUGGUAUGAGGUGGUGAAACAUUCCUUGGAUGUGAAGCAAAAGAAACUGGAUGAAGAAAGAGCCAAGUAUCAGUGGAGAUGUGAAAAGCCAUUGUUUUAUUCAGUCAAGAAAAAAUCUAAAGUUCUAAAGAGAAGACAAAUGGUUGUGAACUUACAAAAUCAGUUUGGCAAGCUGUCUGGUUCAGUGCAACGUGCUGAAAAGCCAAAUCUUUCAAGUUUUCAGUUACGUUGGUCUGAAGAAAACACAGAUGGGUGUUGUUUUCACGGGCAUAGCCUGAAGGGAAUUUUGCAAGAAAAAUGUGGUUUACUGACAGCCAUGAACCCUGACUAUUGGCUGUGUACAGUUAAACUAUGUAAUGAGAAAUUGUGUGGUCAUCUGGCUCAUUACAGAGAAGUGGAGUUUCCCCAGAGUUACCAUUUUGUACUAGGGUUGUUUUCCUUUCUUCUGCGGGUUCAGCCGUCUUACAUCCAUGAUGAGGUGUGCAUGAUAGAACACAAACUUUUUAAUAAAAAACUCUGUAAAAAACUAAAAUACAACACAGUCCUAAGGAAGUAAAAAAUGGCUUAAAACUGCCAGUAUUAAACCCAUGUAAAUUAGCUGGGUGGAUCUCAAGCCAUGGUAUUACAUCUAAACUUAUAAUGAUUCUUUUGACUUAUGAACAUUUUUUGUUAAGAUAGUAGUGCUGAGACCUACUACUGUACUUCAGUUUUAGUGGGUUUUUUAUCUGUAAUUUAAGUCACUGGGAAAGGAAACUGCCAAGGAAACUGUUAAUUACCAUUAUUUAAUUAAUUUGCAUCAGAGCCAACAGGAAACUGUGAAAUUACCAUUUUUUUGGGCAUAAUUGUACAUAUUUUGAGUGUACUGGACAUGACAUUAGCAUCUAAUUACAUUGUGAGAUUUUGCAAUUAAAAUAUCUAUUUUUUUAACCUACCAUUGUAUGACAGCAAAUAUAUUUCUAGAAAAUAAUGUUUAUUUUGUUUUUAAAUACUGUGUUAACAAAUAAAAGAAGCAGUUGGUUAAUGCUGUC